AGACAAUGAGACAAUACAACACCUGAGAAACGAACCCGUGACUCGUCCUGUCGCUGUUAUCGACGUGGCUCACAUUUAUUAUACGUUUUCCUUUUUAUUAACCGCCGCUUUUCACACCGGACGUGUCCGCGCUCAUGGCCCGAACCCCGGCGGUCCUUCGCCGCCCCUUCCCGUGACUCCUCCGCCGGGACGGAGCCGUGCCGCUGUGUCGCUGUGUCUGAGGAGCGGAGCAACUUUUCCGCGUUGGGCUGCAGUCACCGGCAGCCGGUGCCGUCACAGCGGGAGGAUGAGCGACCACACACGGGGCACUUUAUUCCUCAAACCCGGAGGACGGAGGAGGAUUAUUUACUGCAUCUAUGUGGUGGGAUUCAUGGACUUGUUUGGGGUGAGCAUGAUCAUCCCGCUGCUGAGCCACCACGUGAAGUCUCUCGGAGCCAGUCCCACUGUGGCGGGGAUAGUAGGAUCUACGUACGGGAUCCUACAGUUCUUCUCCAGCACGAUAGUCGGCAGCUGGAGCGACGUGGUGGGACGGCGAGACUCUCUGCUCACCUGUCUGCUGAUCAGUGCAUUUGGCUACAGCCUGCUGGGGACGUCCACCAGCAUCGCGCUGUUUGUCCUCGCACGGAUACCCGUGGGGCUGUUCAAGCACUCCCUGUCCAUCUGCAGAGCCCUGCUCUCUGACCUGGUGUCUGAGUCGGAGCGCCCUCUGGUGAUGGGACACUAUAACGCAGCCUCCAGCGUCGGCUUCAUCCUGGGCCCGGUGGUGGGAGGCUACCUCACGGAGCACGAGGGAGGCUUCUACAUGUCCGCCUUCACGUGCGCGUCCAUCUUCGUCCUUAAUGCAGGACUGGUGUGGAUGCUGCCAUGGGACGAGACACUCAUUCAGUGCAGGGAAACCAACUCCAGCAACAACCCAAGGAACUGUUGUCAUGACAACCACUGUAAUAAGUCCGCACAGAACGGCUCUCAUGCAAACAGAAAGCACACACUGACAGGAGAGACUGGAGCGAGGAAGCGUCUCCAGUGGAGGCAGGUGUCCCCGCUGCGGCCCGUCUGGAGACAGUUGACGUCCGUGGGCACCAGGAUACGCGUGGUCUUCUCCUCCGACAUGUGGGACCUCUUCCUGGUGCGCCUCCUCAUGGGCGUCGCCAUCAUGCUUUACUACAGUAACUUCUCUCUGGCCAUGGAGGAGCGCUUCUCGCUCAAGCCAAAGACGACCGGUUACCUGAUCAGCUACAGCAGCCUGUUGGGGGCCCUGGCCGGGUUCCUGGUGGGACCGGUCACUCAGCUCUACAGGAGAAAUAUGGCCGCCCUGCUGCUGCACUCCACCAUCCUCACAUGCUCCCUCAUCUUCCUCUACGCCGCCGCGCCCAGCGUCUGGCAGGUGCUGCUCACCUCCACCUUCUUUGCCAUCUCCACCACCAUCGGACGGACGUGUAUCACGGACCUGGAGCUGCAGAAGGGAGGGGUCCAGGCCAGCGGGACUCUGAUCGGCGCCGGGCAGUCGGUGACGGCCGUGGGCCGCGUCCUGGCUCCCCUCCUCUCUGGACUCGCUCAGGAGUUUAGCCCCUGUGGUCCCCCGAGUCUGGGAGUGGUCCUGGCCUUAGCGGCCGUCGCUCUUCUGCUCGUCAGGAUUCCCAAAUGGGAUGGAGCAGGAACGAGCAAAGCGGCUGGACUUGAAAAGACACGGAAAAGUGAAUGAAUUCAAAUGAUCACACAGUGUAACGGUCCGAAAAGUAGAGCUGAGUAUUCAAUUUCAACAGUUUAGUAGUGUCUGUCAGACGUCAGACUUCGGUAGAUUCUGAUAGCUUCCCAGCUUCUUCCUCUCUGUCCCAGAAUAGUGAAUAUGUGUCACCCACUAUCAAAUUUCCUAAUCUAAUCUAAUCUAAGGAGUUAAUCUUAUCACGUCAGUGAGCCAAUAAGCAUGCAGCAUGCUGUUUGACCAUGAUCCAACAGUGCUCAUGAUUGGCUCUCUCAAGAUGUUAUGAUGAACCUCAUUCCCUUAAGGUGAACAUGAAGACGGGGCUUUACGUGUGUGUGUGU